AGUAAAGUGGCACGAUGCUGAGUCCAACUCCGACGAUCGAUCGUUCCAGCCUACGUCCUGGCACAGGAUACCUCAUUGCGCCGCGAGUACCCCACGGUCUCGCGACUGUUGUCGAAGGUCUCACGAGGGAGGUCCUACGUCAUCGUCCCGAGGAUAUAUACGUUUUUGCAGCUCGUCACUUUGAAAAGUUGCUAAAGCUACGGGAGGAGUACCACAUCGGAGAGUACAGCAAUCGCGAGUUUAGCCAUGAAUUCAAUCGCGAUUUUAAUCUGUGGCCCAAAAAGACCCAAAAUAUUGAAAAACCUUCAAACGGCGGUUGGUCCCUGGAGAAGGAGAUCGAGAUCUUCGAGAGGCACGAGCAAACAGUCAUUGACACGGAGGAGAGUCAGGAGGAUGUCUCUACUGACAGAGAAAAUCGGAAAGCUUCGAAACAGACAUGCUCAAAAGGACCUGCGAUUACGAAGAAAACCUCGAAGAAGUCGAAGGACAAUGAGACAAUAUCGAACGCUCGCGCGACGAGGAUCAUCUCUCAAAUGACUGCUCUUCACGGUCCCGGCAAGAAUAUCCAAACUAAGGAUAUUAAGCAGGAACUCAGGAAAAACAAACUGAGCGGCGAGAAAUCUAAAGCAACCGAUAAUGUCGAAAAGGGGAUUCGAGGCGAUAGACGAUCCAGGACGAGAGCUACCAAAACAGAUAAAGGUCCUGCAGAGGAGGUCGAAUGUACCACAACGACGACAACGUCGACGACGAAGAGCUCGAGUAAAAUCUCCGCUCGAAGACCACUGAAAAAAGUACGUCGAAUUGAAACCGAGUCCGAGACUGAGACAGAACGUGAACUCGUGGCCAAGGCUGUACUCGAAGAUGGACACGCAAGACCGAGCAUUAAGAACGACGAUACGAUUCGCGAGACAAUCAUUCGGACAGGAAGCAGAGAGAGAAGACUGGAAGCGCGGCUCUCCGAACAUUCCUCUGAGAGGAAAGUAUCAUCGAGAGCGCUCAGUAUGGAUCGCAUCAGGGCAUAUGUAUUGCGUAAAUUUGCGAGCACCGCGAGCUUGGAGGUUCUGCGAUCGCCUACAUACGUGGAGCAAGUGCAGGAGGUGAUCGAUCGCGCGGCGCCGAUUAUCAAGGAGAAACUAGAAGAAAUCGGAAGACCACGCGGAAAGCGUUCGAGAUCUGUCGAUCUCGCUUGGAACGAGGAAUCGCUUCAUCGGCACGUUCGAGAAGAAAAGAGACACGGCGAUGAAGAAGAAAGUGGAAGAGGAAAAAGCAGAAACGGGCUGGAGCGGAAAGCUGAUAUCACGAAGAAAGAGGAAAUGGAAGAUUCUCUUGGAAGAGAAGAGACGAUUUCAAUCAUGGAGUGUGAGGAGAAGAAAUCGAGAAGGCGCAGCAUAGGAUCGGGCAAAAGAUCAAGAAGGCGCGAAAGUGGUGACUUCGGAGUCGUCGAUGAAGUCGAUGACAACUCGAAGCAUAGUAAUAAAUUGGAGCAUGAGUCUAGUGCGACGCACGACACCUUGGAAGCGAGAUUGACUGCCACACAGAGCAUCUUGGAAGAUAUCUCAAAAUCAACAUCCGAGUUGGGCGGUGCUCGUAGAAGUGAUCCUGCCGGAAAUGAACCAUCGGAAUCGGAAGUCUCCGAUCACGUCGUUUCUCUGCCUGUCGUAAGACCGCCAUCUUCUAGAAACUCCAGGAGCGCUACCAAAAAUGGUUCGGAUUGUCUGACGUUGCCGCCCAUCUCACCGGAAGCUCCCAAAUCGGCAAAGAAAAAGGACGAGUUAUCCUUACCGGUUCUGCUGACAGCAGUAAAUAACGGCAACCAUUCCGCCAGGAAAUCGCAGGAGCAGGAUGUUUCAAAAGACGCAGAGGAGGCCUCGACGAUGUACGACAUUACGAGCGAUAUAGAGGAAAUAGCGGUUUUUUCUGAAAACGAUCACGAAGAUGCGAUCGUAGAUGUAAAGCAGGAAUCUGACAGUGAUCGCCAGGACCUGCUAAUAUCGGACGUAAGAUUUAUCAAUGAAGAAGAAUGUGAGAGAAACAAGGAUGUAGAUAAAGUUUUUAAUGAGAAAUGCGAAAGUCUCGAGGAGUUUGAGGAAUUAGAAAAAUUGGAAGAAGGCAGGAAGUCAGAGGAAGUCUUCAUAGAUAGUUUAAACGUUACACCGGAAGUAGCUGACGUACCGCUAAGACCAGAUUCGUUGGAACUUGAUGAAGAGGUCAAACUUGAAGAUGAUAAUAUGGAUCCUGCACAAGAGAAUGCUUUCGAUAGGUUGAAAGAUAAAUUGAUCGAGAUCGAAAUGGCGGAACGCAGUAUUGAGAAAGCGUUGGCUUGCCAAGUCGCCACGUGUGACAUUGGCGAAAUGACCACCCAAGCGGAAAAGUCGGUGACUGACGGGAAGAUAAAUGAAGCAGGAGAGCCGACUAAUGAGGCGGAAGAAACUGUGAAUGAGAUACUAAAGUCGAUGGACGCGGAAAAAAUACCAGUAAAUAAAGACGACGAGGAAAGGAAAAGGAACAAUGACGAUGAAAAAAGAAAAUCGAUGAAUGAUAUAGAAAAUAUAAAAGGUGUAGCAGAAAUAUCAAAUAAGACGGAAGAUUUAAAUGUAGAAGAUAAAUUAAUAAAUAAAGCAGAAAAAAUAGAAAGUGAAAUAAAGGGAUCGACUAGUAAAACGGAAAAUUUAAUAAAUAAAUUAGAAGCAAAUGGAAUUGAAAAAUUGAUGAACGAAAAUGAAGCAGAAAGUUUGAAAAAUACAAUAGGAAUAUUAAAGAAUGGAGCAGAAAAAAUAAUUGACCAAAUGGAGAUAACAAUGGCAACAGAAAACACGAUGAAAGUACAAGACAAGAGAUCGAUAGAUAAAACUGAAAAAUUGAAUGAAAAAUUAUCAAAUGGCGUAGAAGAAUUAGCAGUUAAGAUUCAUGUAAAAAAUGGGCAAUCCAUAAAUGCAAGAUCGCUUGGUAAAGAUUCUCAGAUUACUGAAGUAGUCGAAACGGACGAUGGUAAUACGUCAUCAGAAAAAAAAUCUGAAAAUACGACGAAUGAAUUUUCUCAAAGCACAACUUCUGAAAAUACUGCGAUCACGAGCGAAAGCUCGACAACGAAUCUUCCCAAUGAGAACAGCCAAACGAAAGCACGGAAGAAACGCGAAAGUGACAACGAGUUACCAAUGAUAACGCCGCUCUCUUUAGAGCUUCCGUAUUCUUACGUUCUCAGCGAAGGUUCCCCUUGUGAGAUUCCUGAUUCCGUGACGACUGUGAUCAUUCCGGACAAGCCGUGUCCUUCUCCCGUUACUCUGAAGGACGAGGAUUAUCAGCUCGAAUCAACAAAUCAAACAGAGAUAUCACUUACAUAUUUCAAUUCGGAGAUUUCUAAAGACGAAGGACAGGACAAGGAUCAGCAAGGAUAUGACAUGGAAAUUUUUGGGGAAUAUAUCCAACCGGAAGCCAUUCUGCCCAUUGAUGCCGAUUUUGUACGUAGCGUAAAAGGGAUAAAACCGAGUCAGGACAUAGUGAUCAUCCAUCAGGACUUGGAUAAGAUUAAAGAAGAAGGUGAAGAAGAAGUUGUAAAAGAAGACGACGAACGAAAAAAAACAGAGAGCCAUCAAGGAAAAGAAAAUGAUAAAGAAAAAAAUGUAAAAGAGAAAGAAACGACAAAGCUUGCGACGCUGGAAAAUAUCAUGGAGCAUGAGGAGAACGAAGAAACUAAUAUAAGAACGAUUGAGUCUAAAGAUGCUGAGGAAAUUUCUUCUGGCGUUCUCGAGUACGAAUCUUUACCCGAUACCAAAGAUUUAACGAUUGAUACUGUUUUGACAAACGAAGGUAGAGGAAGUACACAGGGUACCCACACGACUACGUCAAGUGACAUUAAGGAAAGCACUAUAAGCAAUCAAUCGGUUGAGAGUCCAAGUCCGGACAGACCAGUAGUACCAGAACUAAACUUGGACUCACUUCAGGAUAACACGGUGUCGUCAUUCAAGAUGACGACAAACGAAAUAGAAAAGGAGGACAACGACAGAGAAAGCGAUGCUACGAUCUCCUUGGUCGAGCCAUUAAUUUCAGAUGAGAGGUUAAUGAAUCGGUUGGCCGAUCAUGAAGAAAAAAUUAUCACUGAAGAGUUGACAGAGAGAGAUCUUCAAUCAGAGUUUCCAGAGGCUGAUCAAUUAUAUCAUGCAGAACAUAUGGAAUAUAAAUGGUUGGAAAAGGAUCCGUUAUCUACGGAAAUUAACUUGGAAGAUGAAACAAAAUCUCAAGAAAACAAUGUUGAUUUGAAGACGACUUUACCGGAAGACGCUAUACAAGUCGAUUUGAUUUCGCAGGAGAAAGCAGAGACAGAGGAAUUAGGAAGCGAGGAAGAAAUCGCUAGAGAAUUGAUAGAUUUAUUGGAUAAAGAUAUACAACUUCGCGCUGAAGAAUUGGAUUUGAAAAAAGAAUCUAUAGACAGUGGAGAAUCUGAGAAAAGUAAUUUAGAAAUAGACGAUAAAUCUAAUCAACUGUUGUCAGCAUCUAUGCAUUCGAUAUUAACUGAACAAGAAAAGAAGGAAUAUGAAGAUUCUUUACAUAAAACAGAUGAAAUAGUAAGGACUGAAAUGAUCAGCGAAUUAUCAGGUGAUAUAACGGAUAUCAGUCAAGAUAAAGAUAAAAACAAUGCGAUAACAAAUAAAGAAUCUGAAAAAAUUAAAUUGGAAAUGAUAGAAAAAGCAUGUAUAGAGAAUUCGCAUAUUGCACCUUUAGCACAAUUUGAGCAAGAUGAAAUAUUGGAAGAAAAUGGUAGUUCUGAGAUGGCUGAUGAAAACAUUACAGUUAAAAGUAAAAUUGAUACUAUUAAUGCUGAUUACAUCAAUAUUCAGGAAAAACUUGAAGACAAACAAACGAGUAUAAAAGAUCCAGAGAGCCAAAGUAGCGACAGUAAAAUUAAAGAACCGAAAGCAGGAAAUAUAAAGCACGAAGAAAAUGCACAAGAAGAGUUGCAAAGUCAGAAAAAACACGAGCAAGAAGAAUUAGAAGUAUGCGAGGAAUACAAGCAAGAAAAAUUAGAUGUUCAAGAAAAAAUCGAGCAAGAAAAAUUAAAAAUUCAAAGUAAAGAUGAUCAAGAAAAUAUAAAGUUGGAAGAAAAAAUUAUAAAUAUGACAGCAUCGCCUCUAGAAGUAAUAGAGUCGAGGAAAGACUCAAUAAACGAAUCGAUGAAAAAUGACGACAGGGAUGAGGACAUUAAACCAAACGAUAAAUUCAUUAUUGACGAUCAAACUGGAAAAGAUACGGAAAAUGAGAAGGAAGAGAAAAGCGAAGACCUUUCAGAGAAGGUAGAGAGCGUCCAUGGACCAAUUAUAAGUGCAAUAUCGGAGCAAUCGACAGAAGAUCAUUCUCGCUUUGGAUAUUGGACUAUGGGAACGAAAUCAUCAACUGUGGAAACAGUAAUUGAAGCUUUAGGUUCUAAUACGACUACAGACGAGAAGAUUGCUGAUGAGUCAGAAAUCAUCACGGACGAAUCGCUUACUCAGAAAAAAGACUUAGCAGCAGUUGUAAAAAUUCAAGCUUGUAUCCGAGGAUUUUUAACGCGUCGUCGCGUGCGAAGAAAUGCGAGCUUAGAAUUUCCUUCUAAUGAUGUUCCAUCGACGCAAAAGAUUACGAGCGAUCAUCUGGUACCGCAGGAUACUUCGAAUCUGCGAGAAGCCAGACGUCUUCGACGAGAAGAAGCUUUGCGGAAUACAACACUCUCAUUGGAAAAUGCCUUUGCGACAGGUCGACUUCAACAUACAGGCGAAUUUCACGAUUCUGUGCCGUUGCUUCCUUUCGAUCUGCUGAAUAGUAAAACUGAUUCAGUCACCUCAAACGAUUCUUUGGAUGAAGAAGUUGAUGUUAAAGAAGCUAAUACACCUGAUAAUGCAAAAUCUAGUGCCAAUGAAAGUGAUACCGUUCGCGAACAUCGGACGACUUUCCACAAAGGCAACACCUUCGUUGAUCCCACCUUUCCAAUCGUAAUGCAUCUGCUGACGGAUGCAUCCCGCAAUUGCCACUUCACGGUCAGUCAAAAUUCCCAUUCAGAUUUUAAUCCAAAUGCUAGAGGAGCCAAACCCAUGGAACCGACUGUGGACAUUGUGAUGCUGGGUUAUCCGAGAGACGAUGAGAAUCAAUAUCUGAAUUUCAUAACCAGCGUCGAAGAUCUAAACUCCAAUAUGGAUUCCUUGACUCUGCACGAUGUGAUGAAAAGCGCAAAGAACACCAGCGACGCUCGUCCUUCAACGACCUCCGGCGAGGGUAGUCUCAGGGAGCCCUUGGCUCUUCCAGGAGUCUCUCAGGGUGUCGUGAUCGAAGAGGUAACCAGCUUAGACGAAGUCAUCCCGUCGGAAUCGACGAAACCGUCAACCGCGCCGAAGACCUCGCUGGAUACAAAUAGCUCAAUGCCAUCUGAGGAAUGUGCCCUCGAGGACACGAAGAAUGAUUUAGGGAUAUCUCCGAGAACUACGGAUACAACGGAAGACCGGAAACAAGAAGCUGAAGGACAAGAGUCUGAUUGCAACCCUGAGAGUGUUGGAGAGAGCGAUUUGCAUAGCGACGAUGCAAAUAAAAAUUUUAACGAGUUCUCUGGCAAUAGCCGUGAGCCAAUGGCAGAAGAGAAGGAUAAAACAUGAAUCAUAUAUUCAUGAAUCAUGUAUUCGUGGAGACGUGUAGGUUGACGUAAAAUAGAGCAGGAGUCGCGAAUUGUAUGAUCGGUCAAUUGAUUCCUCCCAUUAAAAUCGUUAGGAAUU